AUGGUUGCUUGGGAGAAUGAAGUAGUAAUGCGUGACGUCACCAAUGCGGGUCUCGUUGUCAGCGAUCGCAUUGGCCGGGAAAUUGCGGGGCAGCUCGACCUUGAAGAAGCUUUAGAGGCUUCGAGAUACUCCAGCCAUCCUUACUCAACCCAUCCGCGCGAGUGGCCUCCUUUGGUUGAAGUUUUGGACAAUUGGGAGUUGCCUCCUGUGUUGAUUGAAAGAUAUAAUGCAGCUGGUGGAGAAGGAACAGCUUUAUGUGGUAUUUUUCCAGAAAUACGAAGGGCGUGGGCAUCAGUCGAUAACUCCUUAUUUCUUUGGCGAUUUGAUAAGUGCGAUGGUCAAUGUCCCGAAUAUAGUGGGGAAGAACAAGCAAUUUGUGCUGUUGGUUUGGCAAAAGCCAAACCUGGUGUUUUUGUUGAAGCCAUCCAGUAUCUUCUUGUGUUGGCAACUCCUGUUGAGCUGAUCCUAGUUGGAGUAUGUUGUUCUGCAAGAGGUGAUGAAACCGACCCGUACGCAGAGGUUUCUCUUCAGCCAUUGCCAGAAUAUACCAUUCCAUCUGAUGGAGUCACCAUGACAUGCAUCACCUGCACUGAUAAGGGUCUCAUAUUUCUGGCUGGCCGAGAUGGCCAUGUUUAUGAACUGCAAUAUACGACUGGUUCAGGUUGGCAAAAGCGCUGUCGUAAAGUUUGCUUAACUGCUGGUCUUGGUAGUGUUAUCUCGAGGUGGGUUGUGCCUAAUGUUUUCAAAUUUGGAGCCAUGGACCCAAUUGUUGAAAUGGUUGUUGAUUCGGAGAGACAUAUUUUAUACGCACGUACAGAGGAGAUGAAAAUUCAAGUGUUCUCUCUUGGGCCGAAUGGAGAUGGCCCGCUGAAGAAGGUGGCAGAAGAGAGAAACUUGAUCCCUCAGAGGGAGGCAAACUAUGGGUCCAGACAACAAGCAGGGUCAAGGGCCCCUUCUCGUCCAACAAAGCCUUCUAUAGUUUCUAUAUCACCUUUAUCUAUGUUAGAAUCAAAGUGGUUGCAUCUCGUUGCCGUUCUGUCAGAUGGGCGAAGAAUGUACCUUUCCACUACCACUACUGGUGGAAGUGGUGGGGCUGCUGGAGGUUUUGGUGGUCUUGGUAACCGGGGGCCAAGUUGCUUGAAGGUUGUGACGACAAGGCCAUCUCCUCCUAUAGGGGUGAGUGGUGGGCUUGCUUUUGGAGCCCUGUCUCUUGCUGGAAGAUCCCAGAGCGAUGAUCUAUCUCUGAAAAUUGAGUCAGCCUAUUAUUCUUCUGGGACUCUUGUCCUUUCUGACACAUCUCCAUCUGCUGUGUCGUCACUUUUGAUCGUGACCAGGGAUCCUACAACCCAAUCUCUCUCAUCUGCUGGCUCGGGAGCUGUUUUAAGGAGUGCUCGCGCCCUCAGAGAAUCAGUGUUGUCUCUUCCCGUGGAAGGCAGAAUGCUUUUCGUGGCAGAUGUUUUGCCCCUUUCGGACACAGCUUCAGUAGUGCAGUCUCUAUAUUCAGAACUAGAACUUUGCAGAUUUUGUAGCUCAUGGGAGUCCUGUGAAAAGACUUCCAGUAAACUUUGGGCUAGAGGUGAUCUAUCUACUCAACAUAUAUUACCACGAAGGAAGAUAGUCAUAUUCAGUACCAUGGGUAUGAUGGAAGUAGUUUUCAAUAGACCUAUUGACAUUCUGAGACGACUACUGGAGUCUAACUCACCAAGAUCACUUCUUGAAGACUUCUUUAACCGUUUUGGUGCUGGAGAGGCGGCCGCAAUGUGCUUGAUGCUUGCUGCACGUAUAGCAAACACUGAAACCUUCAUAAGCAAUGUUGUGACUGAGAAGGCAGCUGAAGCUUUUGAGGACCCCAGAGUUGUUGGAGUUCCGCAGUUUGAGGGCAGUGGCGCAUUGUCCAACACAAGGUCUGCAGCCGGCGGAUUCAGCAUGGGUCAGGUUGUUCAAGAAGCUGAGCCUGUAUUUUCGGGUGCUCAUGAAGGGCUCUGCCUGUGCUCGUCGAGGUUACUUUUACCAGUUUGGGAGCUUCCUGUUUUUAUCAUCAGAGGCGGUUCAGGAUCUUCGGAUGCUAUGUCAGAAGAUGGGAUCAUAACAUGCAGGCUCUCAGUCGGGGCUAUGCAUGUUCUCGAGGACAAGAUUCGCUCUCUGGAGAAGUUUUUGAGGUCUAGAAGGAAUCAAAGGCGUGGGCUCUAUGGGUGUGUGGCCGGCAUGGGAGAUGUAACUGGUUCAAUUUUGAUUGGAAGUGAUCUAGUUGCAGGGGACAGAAGUAUGGUGAGGAAUCUUUUUGGUUCAUACUCCCGUAAUAUUGAUUCAGCUGAGGUUGGAUCAUCAAACAAGAGACAACGACUUCUUUAUAGUCCAUCCGAACUAGCUGCCAUGGAGGUGAGGGCUAUGGAGUGUAUCAGGCAGUUGCUUCUUAGAUGUGGGGAAGCUCUCUUCUUACUGCAACUUCUAUCACAACAUCUCAUGGCACGCUUGACUCAAAGUUUUGAUGCGACUACUCGUCAAGCUAUAGUUCAGUUAACAUUCCACCAAUUAGUUUGUUCAGAAGAAGGAGAUCGACUAGCAACAAGGCUUAUAUCUGCUUUAAUGGAGUAUUACACUGGUCCUGAUGGCAGGGGAACUGUGGAUGACAUUAGUCAUAGACUGGGUGAGGGUUGUCCGAGCUAUUACAAAGAGAGUGAUUACAAAUUUUAUGUUGCUGUGGAAUUCCUGGAGAGAGCUGCUUCUACAUCUGAUGUUGAAGAAAGGGAAAAUUUGGCUAGGGAAGCUUACAACAAUUUAAGUAAAAUUCCUGAAUCUGCUGAUUUGCAAACUGUUUGUAAGCGUUUUGAAGAUCUGAGAUUCUAUGAAGCUGUAGUUCGUUUACCUCUGCAAAAAGCCCAGGCUGUUGAUCCUGCUGGUGAUGCUUUCAAUGAUCAAAUAGAUGCUGGGAUCCGUGAUCACGCCCUUUCUCGACGUAUGCAGUGUUAUGAAAUUGUUACUAAUGCUUUGCGCUCUCUGAAGGGUGGCACUUUGCAAAAGGAAUUUGGGUCUCCUAUCAGGCCAGCUGUCCAAUCUGUUCUUGAUCAAGCCUCUCGCAAAAAGUACAUAUGCCAGAUAAUUCAUCUCGGUGUUCAAUCUUCAGAUAGAGUUUUUCACGAGUAUCUGUAUCGAACAUUAAUUGAUCUAGGCCUUGAUGAUGAGUUGUUGGAGUAUGGUGGUCCAGAUUUGGUUCCUUUUUUGCAAAAUGCUGGUCGUGACCCUACAAAUGAGGUCCGUGCUAUUUCUUCUGUUGCAUCGCCAAUCAUGCCCUUUGGGCAUUCUAGGGGCCCUGUUGCAUCAAAUCAGAUAAAGUACUUUGAGCUUCUGGCACGAUACUAUGUUUUGAAGCGUCAACAUGUUCUUGCUGCUCAAAUAUUAGUGAGGCUAGCUGAAAGACGUUCAACUGAAGCUGGAAAUACUCCGACACUUGAACAAAGGCGUCAAUACUUGAGUAAUGCUGUUCUGCAGGCAAAGAGUGCCAAUGAGGGGGACAGUCUGAAUGCUUCUGUUCGGGGUGCUAUUGAUAAUGGGCUUCUUGAUUUACUUGAAGGGAAGCUUGCUGUUCUUCAAUUUCAGAUGAAGAUCAAGGAAGAACUGGAGAACUUGACUUCAAAAUUGGAAGCUUCUCCUGAAAGAUCUGAAUCAAAUGCAAAUGGCUCAUCACCUGAUAAUGGUUACGUUGCUGAUGCCAAUUUUGUUGAUGCUGUUCGAGAAAAAACAAAGGAGUUAUCAGUAGAUUUAAAGACCAUCACUCAAUUAUACAAUGACUAUGCCGUUCCUUUUGAACUCUGGGAGAUAUGCCUGGAAAUGUUAUACUUUGCAAGCUAUUCUGGUGAUGCUGACAGCAGUAUUGUUAGAGAGAUUUGGGCUAGGCUCAUUGAUCAGGCUCUCACGAGAGGCGGUAUUGCUGAAGCUUGUGUAGUACUGAAGAGGGUUGGUUCUCAUGUUUUUCCUGGGGAUGGAGCUGUUUUACCCUUGGAGACACUAUGCCUUCACCUUGAGAAGGCUGCUCAGGAGAGAGUGGUUUCGGGGAUCGAGCCCGUUGGAGAUGAAGAUAUUGCAAGGGCCCUUGUUGCUGCUUGUAAGGGUGCAAUAGAGCCAGUGCUCAACACCUACGAUCAGUUGCUGUCGAGCGGAGUAAUUCUGCCGUCUCCAAGUUUAAGGUUACGACUGCUGAGGUCAGUUCUGACAGUGCUUCGCGAGUGGGCCAUGUCGGUGUUUGCACAGGGAAUGGGCACAAGUGCAGCUGGGGCUUCUCUGAUCCUAGGCGGACCGUAUUUGCGGGGCCAAACUACUCUUUUAAAUCAAGGCGCACGUGAUAAGAUCACUAGCGCAGCAAAUAGGUACAUGACAGAGGUGCGUAGGUUGCCCCUUCCUCAAAAUCAGACGGAGGCUGUCUACAGAGGUUUCCGGGAGCUGGAAGAGUCGCUCUUGAGUUCCUUCUCCUUCUGA